GGCUUCUGAAUCGGAGCCCGGUUUUCCUUUCUCCACAGUCCUGGCCCGUGGUUUUCUCGAACAAAACCUCUUUUAUAUCUCCCGCCUCUCCUACCGCUCACCUCCAUUCGAGAUCGAGAGAUGAAGGUAGAGGGAAGCGCGAUGGGGGAGAAGCGGAAGGCGGUGGAGGGGAGGAAGAAAUAUGAGCAGGAGAGGAUCGCGAGGAGGCGAGGAGGGGGAGGAGGGUUUGGUCGGCCGCCGAGGGUACGGCGGGUGUUGGCGGGAUCGUCGUCGGCGGCGAUCCAACGUCUCUUUGAGGUAUGUAUGGCUGUUUUCAAGGGUCCACGGACGGUGCCGUCGCCUAAGGAUGUGCAGAUGCUGCAGCUUGUUCUCGAUAAACUGAAACCAGAGGAUGUUGGGCUAAGCACAGAUCUUCCCUUUUUCAAGGACAGGAGUACUGCAAAAGAAACCCCAGCGAUAACUUAUACACAUAUAUACAAUUGCGAUAAGUUCUCGAUGUGUAUAUUCUUUCUCCCACCAACUGCUGUUAUCCCUCUGCAUAAUCAUCCCGGGAUGACUGUUUUCAGCAAACUACUCCUAGGAACCAUGCAUAUAAAAUCAUACGAUUGGGUUGAUAAUUACAAAACAGAUAAAGACCCACCAUCAGCACAAUCUAGACUUGCAAAAAUAGUUGAGAAUUCUGAUUUCACUGCACCUUGUGAAACUUCCAUUCUGUAUCCCACAACUGGAGGAAACAUCCACACUUUCCGUGCCAUUACCCCUUGUGCAGUGCUUGAUAUCCUAGGUCCUCCUUAUUCAAAAGAAGAUGACCGUGACUGCACUUACUACAAAGAUCAUCUAUAUGCUGAUGUUGCAGAGGGCGAUUCUACUGCGAAUGGAAGGUGUGAUAAUUCCUUUCGCUGGUUAGAGGAAAUUGAGAUCCCUAAAGACUUGAAGAUGACUGGAAUAGAAUACCGGGGACCCCAGAUUCUUGAUGGUUGAACCAAUACUAAUUGUUUUCCGAGGUCUUAGGCUUCGUUUGAGACAGCUUUCUUAUUACUUCUUAAAGCAAUUUUUUAGCAUAAAUUUUUUAAUUUUUGUACUAAAAAGCUGCUUUAAGCAGUAAGAAAGUCAUCCCAAACGAAGCCUUACUCUCCAUUUGAAGCAGCAGCUGCAGCUGCCGUCAGAGGAGGAAGCCUCCACAGUUCAGAGCAUUUUCGUUGCUUAACGUAAGCUGUACAUUUUUUUUUGCUGGUCCCUGUAGGUUCAACUAGCAGGUUUUUUUUUUUUUAAUUUAUCUUGUCCAACUUUUGUUUGAUAAAAUUAUUCUUUUUCUUUAGUAUUAUAUAUGAUGUCUGACAUCAUAGCAUUGUUAUGUUGAUACACUCUUUGUUCUUCUAUUGGAUUAAUCUUAAUUUACUCUAA